AAGCUGCUUCUCGCGUUCCCCUGUGGCGGGCUCUGUGGUUCUGGAGGCUGAAGUUUUAGUCGGGGCGGAGGCGGCAGUCGGCCAGCGGCAAGAUGUCAUUGGUCAGAGUGAAUCGCUUUGGUCCCCGGGGAGGUGGAAGAAAAACUCUGAAAGUAAAGAAGAAAGCUGUGGUGAGGCAGGAGUGGGAUAAUACUGUGAAUGAUCUAACAGUUCACCGGGCAACUCCUGAGGAUCUGGUGCGCCGUCAUGAGAUGCACAAGUCAAAGAAUAGAGCAUUGGUGCACUGGGAACUUCAAGAAAAAGCUUUGAAGAGAAAAUGGAAGAAGCAGAAACCAGAAACUUCAAGUCUUGAAAAAAGAAAGUUAUCUAUUAUGAAGGAGAUUCUUUCUGAUCAGUACCAGACACAGGAUGUGCUAGAAAAGUCCGAUCAUCUGCUGGCUGUAGCCAAGGGUCUGUUUGUUGAUGUUCCUCGGAAGCGCACAGGGUUUCCAAAUGUAACAAUGGCUCCAGAUUCCUCACAACGUCCUAUUGGAAUAAAUCAAGACCCUGUCACCCCGUCUAUCCUUAAUGAAUCAAUCAUAGAGCCUCAGGCUCUUAAUGAAGUCGAUGAUGGAGGGGAGGAAAGCACUGCUCACAGCCAGUCAGAAGACAGCGAGAGUGAACUGCCUAACUCACUCAGCUCGCACUCCAACAGGAAUACAGAGAGGUUUCUUCACCAGCUAAAGGAAGAGAAUUCUGAGUUAAUCAAUCAACUGUGGACUGAUAUUCAGCAGAAAAUCGCUACCCAGUCACAAAGGACUCCUCCAGGAUCUCCGUCCUCAGAGCUUUCAACAGAGGAUCAGAAAGCUGCUCUGAAUGCAACGGAUGCUGUCAAGAGAAUCCAGGCUGGGCUUCAACCUGAGGAGUCUGCUGAGCCUGUAGACUCCAGCUACGUGGGACAGGUGCUUAACACAAGGAAACAAAGGCAGCCGCUAAGUAAAGUGAAAAGAAAACAAGAUAUUCGUGCUCCCUCCAAGCAGAAGAAAAACUUAUCCUCCAGCACAACCUCUGCAGACUUACCAAGUAACAAUAAUUCCAGCCUGGAUGUCCUCAAACACAUGAUCCAUGAAGUGGAACAUGAAAUGGAAGAGUACGAGCGGUGGACAGGGCGUGAGGUCAAGGGGCUGCAGGGUGGUCAGGGGCUCACAGGCUUUACUCUGUCCCUGGUGAGCUCCCUCUGCCGUCUGGUUCGGUACCUUAAAGAGAGUGAAAUCCAGCUUCGGAAGGAAGUAGAGACAAGGCAGCAGCUGGAACAGAUGUUAGGUGAUCACCGAGAGCUCAUUGAUGCCCUGACAGCUGAAAUUCUUCUCCUCAGAGAAGAACAUAGUACCAUGCAGGCGAGACUUCAGCAGUACAUGGUCACUACAGAUGAACAGCUUAUAUCGCUCACACAUGCCAUUAAGAAUUGUCCUGUGAUAAAUAACUCCAGACAAGAAAGUCAAGCAUCAGAAAGGGCAACUGUGGGUAGAAGACUUGUGGAUAAUGUAGAGGGUCCUGUUGUAAGCAGUAAUGUCUCCAUGCCAUUGAUGUUCAGAGGGGAAGAAAUGGUUGAAUUCCCACAGGAAGAGUUGCCUGUUAAACUCUCUGAGGGGCCAACUUCCACAGAAAACUUGAAUCUGACCAAUAAUUUCCCAACACAUAUUUUCGAGCCAGCUGUGAUGCUAACACCACCCAGGCAGAAGAGCAACUCAGAAUUCUCUCCUCUGCAGGAUGUACUGAGGAGAACUGUUCAGACUCGUCCGGCUCCACGAAUUCCUCCCACUGUGGAAGUCAUAGAGAAGGAGCAGAACUGGGAAAAGAAGACCCUGCCUACUGAUCCAGACAUUCAGAACUCAAGUGAAGAAAACCAUCUCUUCACUCAGAGGUGGAGAGUCUCUCACAUGGGCGAAGACCUGGAGAACAGAGGCCAGCCACCAUUUGUUAGCCUGUCACAGCCCCCUUGCAGUUCCCUGCCCAGCACUCAGCAAUCGAGAAACCCCAUGUUCUCAGAGGAGCCCACAGUGCUAGGAGAUGGGCAGCAGCUUAGAACAACGGAGGCACUGGUGCAAAAGAAGGACAUAAUGGCCCGGAUUGCUGAGCUGACACUACAGAAUUCAGCCAUCAAGGCUCACCUGAACAAUAUUACCAGCUCAGGGGGAGAGCAAGGUGAUGGACUUCGGGAGUCAAGCAAACAGGGAAGUGCCAGCGAAGUGCCUGCUAAUUUCCCAGCAGUCCAGUCUCUAACACCAAGUAGCAUGGAGGAGCGGAUCGCAGAGUUGAACCGACAGAGCAUGGAGGCUCGCAGCAAACUGCUCCAGCUGAUAGAGCAGCAGAAACUGGUUGGCUUGAACCUUUCCUCUUCACUAGUGUCACCCGUUGAGUCACCUCUCAGAGCUUGGGCCGAAGAAGGAAAGCGAACCAUCGAGGUAUCUGUUCCAGGAGUGGAGGCUUCAGAGAGUUCAAAAUGCAAUACUGUGUCUCCUGUCAGUGGGGUCAGUUCAAGAAGAUCGUCAGGGGCGAUCAGCAAUUCCUGUUCUCCACUAAACGCCACUUCGGGAAGUGGGAGGUUCACACCAGUUAAUCCAAGAACAAAGACUGAAAAGCAAAAUGAAGAAGGCUGGUUUGCUCUUUCUGCCCACAUACCAUAGGAGAAGCUCAAGCAGAGAGUGUCCUCAGUGACUUAUGCCUGGCCUUUCCUUCCCACUUCAGGGACUCUCUUUUCAAGUCAUUUUUCUUCAGAUAAAACAUGCAAAGGUAUCCUGUAUUUAUGGAAACAGAGAAAAGAACAAUUAUUUUAAUAUUUUACCUUUUCAAAUGGGUUUUUCA